AUGUUCCCAACAUUCGAACGUUGGCCCGAAAAUCCUGUAAGAAUAGCACAACAAUUUUUCAACAUUGCGGGCUUUCCUUCUGUAUGUGAGUGUGUUGAUGGUACUUUAGUAAAUAUCGAUGCCCCCACUGAAAAUGAAACAGCUUAUGUAGACAGACACGUUUACCAUUCUCUCAACUGCAUGAUGGUUUGCGGCCCUAAUUUUCAGGUUUACGUUGUCAAUGCUAAUUGGCCUGGCAGUGUCCACGAUGCAAGAGUACUACGUAAUUCAGCAACUGCGCGGGAUUUUGGUCAAGGAUUCCGACCUUUUCCUAACGCAGUGAUCUUGGGAGACAGCGCAUAUGGACUGAAAGAGUGGCUUAUGGUUCCCCUGAGAAGAAAUCCAAAUGAUAUAGCCGAACAUAAUUAUAAUAGGAGGCAUAAAAGCGCACGGCGAGUUAUUGAGAAUGCUUACGGCAUUUUGAAGGAGAGAUUCCCAUGUCUUAAUCAUCUCAGAGUUUCACCACGAAGAGCCAGAAUUGCUGCCAAGGUGUAUUUUAUGAACUUGACGAUGAAUGUUUCGAUAACCUCGGUGAUGGUGACAACGAAGUCUUAUUCGAACCGGAAGUAG